CCGUUGAAGUGUAAACAUCACUGUGAUUCUAUUUGUAACAAAUCGUAUUUAAAAAAUAGUAAAAAGUUGGUUUAGUCGUCAACACUGUUAAAAACCACUUAAUUGGUGCUUCGAGGGACGCAGAAGAAAUAAAUCUUUGGAAUAUUAACAGGAUCUGUUCAGAAAACUGCAGAAGAAAAUCCACAACAACUUUCACAAAACCUGCCAAGUAGAAUACGAUUCUACCCUACAACUAAAAAAAUACUUAAUGUCAGUUUGUUGGGUUGGCAUUGGUUCUAGUGUUGCCGGUGCAUGAAAAGUAGUGUCACCUACUAUACUGCGUUCCAUUCCACGUUACUUCACAAAAAUAUGGAAGAACAGUUCCAACUGUUAUUUGAUAAUAUGAAGAUGGAAAUGCAGAAACAAACAGCUGAACUAACUGAAUCACUUACCAAAAACUUAAUGGAUAGGAUGGAUGAGAAACUUACUCCUAUCAUUGAAGAAAACGAACAAUUAAAACAAAAACUUAGCGAUCUAGAGAAAGAGAUGGAAUAUUUGAAAAGAGAAAAGAAAAGUAACAACAUAAUUAUUUUCGGGCUAGAAAAGAGGGAAAAUUCAACAUUGGAGCUAUUUAAUAAUGUCAAGAUGACCUUCAAAGAAGCUCUUGACAUAAAUGUAGAGCAAUCCGAAAUAAACAAAUUAUACCGCUUGGGAAAAAAUAUAGUUCAGAAUAAAUCAAGGCCGGUGCUGUGUUCCUUUACAAAUGCAUGGAGAAAAGAUGAAAUUAUGAAGAAUAGAAAGAGCUUAAAGAACAUUUAUGUAUCGGAGGAUUACUCGAAGGAAAUUUUGGAGAAAAGAAAAGCACUGCUACCACGGUUGAAGGAAGAGAGAGAAAAGGGAAAUAUAGCUUUUCUGAUUUACGACAAAUUAGUAGUAAAAGAAUCCAACACUGAAAAAAGGAAAAGGGAACCAACUAUCUCACCGUCACCUUCCAAAAGGCAACCCAGAAAACAGCAAACACUAUGCUCUGCGAAAGUUAGCAGGAUAAAUGCCUUUGAUGCAAUGCGACCUAGAUCGAACUCAUUUACCAACAAACCUACACUCAAUAAAAAAUAGCAAUUAACCGGUAAACGGAAAAUCCAAACAAACUAUGAAAACAAACAAACAGAAGAAAUACCUCUUCCCCCAAGCCGACUGGUCCUCGUGGGGGAUAAAGACCACAACCCUCCAACAAUACAAAAAAA